UUGGUCGGCUCCAUCCAAGUCCUUUCCAUGUUGAUGGAUAAAUUGAAGUCCACUGCAACCCAAGUUUUACCAGUUGGGAGUAUGUAGAGCCAGUGAGCGUUAAAAGCUACAAUACUGUACUCUCAACCUCUAAUGCCUCAAAAUUAUUUGUCAUCAGGCUAGAAAAUGUCUUUCAGCUCUUAGUUCUGUGCUGACACCGGAGACACGUUUCUAUAAGACUCAGUACAGCUAAUAGUUUAUCUAUUUUAAAAUGUGUCUUUUUUUAUGGUCUCUCUUUGCUGCUUCUGAAAUAGCUUCUGCCUUUAGUCGGGAUUACUACAAAAAAUGUUUCUGUCAACUUUCUGCAUCAUCAUGAAGCUUUUCUAAAGUCUGUUAGUGAAAAAAACCUCCAGGUAAAAGCUAACAAAGUGUUUCCCGACAAAGUGUGAGCAUUAAACGCAUCGAACGUGUUCCUCUCCUCAGGGACGUGAAUGAAGUAGGUCGUGCUGUUUCAGGAAAUGAGGACUCUCGGGCCAAGUUGCUCCUCCGUACGUCUCAGUCCAGGAAGGACAUUAUAAUUUUCUCCCUGAGCAGCUGUUAAGCCUUUGACCUAUGACACUCGUGGGAGUAAUCAGACUUUAAUUACAUCUUCUUACUCACUUGAAGACAAUCUGUGUAGUAAUAUGGCUUCUCCUAGUAAAUGGGCUAGCACUACCUCCCAGACUGGACUCCGUUAGUUUCAUAGACUGAGCUUAACCGGAGUAGCCUUUAACUCGACUCAUAUUCAUCAUUUAGCCCUAAAAACAAGGCCUGAUAAGGCAGGCUCACGCUGUUACCCAUCUUAGGUCAGACAGAAUGCAAAACAACUGUGAAAAGUUUUCUCUCUGCAAUCAUCAUCAUUAUUAUUCCAAGUGAGAGGUAUGCACCACAGAGCUGGCUCUGUCGAGCGACUCUGGCUCACACAGUUUGGCAUUCCAAGCUAAAAGCAAACCAAACUGAUAUUGCCCUCAAUACUGUCUUCAUAUUUUCUCCAUAUUUGGAAAUGUUUACCUCCUCAUGAUGGUUGACAGAGGCUGGAAGAGGGGAUGUGAGUCAUUUCAGCUGCACAAGGCUUUCAAGGGGUGAGAGGAGUCCUCCAAGUGACUAGCAUUUAGUCAAGCUAGCAGGUCUGUGUGCUUCAGUGAUCUGAAGGGAAAACCGUGUGUGAUCCUGUAGUUGCGACUAUCGCUAGUGUCAAAGUUUGGAACAAUGUGGAACCAAGGAAGUGACCAGACAGGACAAAUAGCUGCCAGGAGGGAGACCACUCCGUCUCUGGGAAGUGCCAGCAUCUCCAUCUCUCAGCAUCAGACACCCAAGAAAUUUGCCCCCGUGGUGGCACCCAAACCCAAGUUUAACCCUUUCAAACCGGGAGGAGAAGCUGACCCUGCAGUGGACUACCCCCCUCCUCCGCCACCUGCUGAGGAGUCAACUGGUUUCCCAUCACUGCCUCCUUCCUUCCCGCCACCGCCGCUGGACAACUACGAUUAUCAGAUGAAGGGACCUGAGAAGACCCUGGAAGAGAGGCGCUCCAGUCUGGAUGCAGAGAUCGACUCCCUCACCAGCAUCUUGGCCGACCUGGAGAGCAGCUCGCCCUACAAGCCACGAACUCCACAGAAUGCUGUGUCAUUGGUAGGCCCCGCUCCCAACACUCCAGUGACUGGCUACAAGCGUAUGGUCAUUCCAACUCAGCCGCCUCUGACUGCCACAAAGAAGUCUACACCCAAACCUCAAGCCCCAGGGGUGGUCCCAUCUGUCCCACCUGCCUCUGUCAGCCCAGUAGCCAAGCCUCAAGGCUACAUGACUCCCCAGCCCGUUCCAGCUUCUUAUACCACAGCAUCCACCCCAAGCCAACCCACCUUUAACGUCCAGGUGAGGCCGGCCCAGGCCGGUCCCCAACACCAAGCCCUGGUUGGCCACCAUUAUGGUCAGCAGCCAAUUCGCAGCCCUGGACAGGUGCAGUACAUGCCUGCCCAGCCCAAGGGUCCUGACUUUGCUUAUGGACCGCCACAGCCUGGCUUUGCCCCAAUGACGCAUCAAGAACAUCACCAUCUAGGACCUCACGUAGGUGGCAUAAGCUCUAGGAGACCUGAUCCAGUUCCAGCCCAAACUUACCAGCCUCCAGGACCCAAGAAAACCUACAUUACAGAUGUGCCACCAAGCCUGGCUCCAUACACCUCUGGAUCAACUGUUCCACCAAAGGCGAGCACUCCUGUGGCUCAUCCAGAAGACGAGCUAGAACGCCUAACGAAGAAGAUGCUGUUUGACAUGGACAACCCUCCAUCUGAGGACUAUUUUGGACGCUGCUCCAGCUGUGGUGAGAACGUGGUGGGUGAAGGUACCGGCUGCACCGCCAUGGACCAGGUCUUCCACGUCGACUGCUUUGUCUGCAUGACCUGCAGCACCAAGCUACGUGGCAAGCCCUUCUAUGCAAUGGAAAAAAAGGCGUACUGCGAGCCUUGUUACAUCAACACCCUGGAGACCUGCAACGUCUGCAGUAAGCCCAUCAUGGAACGCAUCCUGCGGGCAACAGGAAAGGCUUAUCACCCUCACUGCUUCACCUGCGUGGUGUGCCACCGCAGCCUGGAUGGAAUCCCCUUCACCGUGGACGCCUCCAACCACAUCCACUGCAUCGAGGACUUUCACAAGAAGUUCGCUCCACGCUGCUGUGUGUGCUCUGAGCCCAUAAUGCCAGCACCAGGCCAGGAGGAGACCGUUCGUAUCGUGGCCCUGGACCGUGACUUCCACGUGCAGUGUUACCGCUGCGAGGACUGCAGCUCUCUGCUCUCAGAGGGAGAAAACCAGGGCUGUUACCCACUCGAUGGACACGUCCUCUGCAAAAACUGUAACGCCAGCCGUAUCCAAGCGCUGACUGCCAAUGCCACCACUGAUCUCUGAGCUGCCCACCGCCCAGUCACCUCCACUGUGAUAACUCAGCACGCACUCUUUCUUUCAUCUUUAUUUUUCUUUCUCCUGCAAACACACCCAUCCACAGAAACAUGCAUAGACUGAAUAUCCCUCAGUAUUUAUGUUCACUAUAAAUUAUUAGAAAUGGCUCCAUGUUCUCACCUGCAUACAUGUAACCCAAUGAAUCGGUACAUUAGAGGCUUGUUAAGAAAAGUUCAUAUAUUUCAUAUCCACAUUUUCGUUAGAACACAUACAUGAUGGACAGAAAAUCUGUCGCUUUCACAUCUGUAGGUAGGAAAUGUAGCUACAGCUAGAAGCUAAUUAGCUUAGCAUAUAAAGAUGGGAAGAAAGGAGGUACAGCUGAAGAGAGACUGAGGUGGACUGCUGCUUAAAUUAAUCACCAAUCCAUCAGGCCAUAGCAUAAAAAUAAUCACUCGUGCUUCACAGGUAAUCAAAAACAUCUAUGCAUUGACCUGACAGACUGUCCUGAUCUAAAACUCAGUCCUCCGCCACCCAGCAGGUCCGGUCAUGGGUGGAUGGGUUUAGAAACCAGGAGCUUUCAGUACAACAGAUCUGCAGGACUAAACUCCAGCAAAGUCCAACUCAAACUUCCACUUUUCCAGGUUUUGUUUUUAUUAAAUGUUAUUUAUGUUAAACCAGUUGGGACCACAGGAUGUAGAAACAACAAUUUCACUACAGAACUAAAACGUGAUGGGUACCCUUUAGUAGCCUUAAUAUUUUGGACAUUUUGAAAUGUGGCUCUGUGUUUCUAGCCCAAAGUAUUGCUGCUGUCUUAAAAAGCUCUGAUUUCCCCAUUUUUAUAGCAGUUUCUGCUGUUUUAUUUAAACGUUUACAUCACCAUCAGUAUCACAUCAUGUAGUUAUCUGAACACAGUUACGGUUUAACUCCUGUUGGACGUGAGUGAAAUCUCACAGCUAGCGGUUUUCUCUGUGUUUCAUGUGGGCAAAUAAUCAGAUUUUAUGUAAAUAACUCAUUUUAAAUGAACUGCGGUGUAAAUGUUUAUAAACAUUUACUCAUGAAUGGCUGAAUUCCAGGAUGGCAAUAAUCCACAUUGGCCUUGGCUGACUUCAGACUGGCUGUUAGCUUAUCAAUCUUGUCUCAAACCAUUUCUCCAAACAGAAGCUGUUCAGAAGUUUCGUACAAGGGGUUUUGUUAUAACUUUAUAAUAGAAACUCACUUCAAAGUAACUAAAAUAUCUUCCUAAUCUUCUCUAAAUUUCAAAGUAAAACAUCUUUUAUUUUUAUGUUUCUCAGAUUAUUUUCCAAGCGGUCCAAACUGUACAAUCAAAAUAUUCCAUUCACAUAACGUAACCUUAAACAAUAUGAUUUAGCAUUCUGUCACACCACUGGAAGCCAGAGUGGAGGACUUUCACACACCUAUGCAAUGUUCAGCAUUAAGUGCAUCGACACUUUAUACUAAAUGUUAUGAAUAAGGAAAUAUUUUAUCUGUACGUGCACAAGUGUCCUUAUAGCGACCCUUUAAUCGAACCAGAUGUUGGUACCGUGUGUGUCCGUGUGCUGUCUGUCAGUUUUUACAUUCAUGUUUGAGGUGUAGGGUUCGACGUUGACGGGAGAGGAAGGGACCAUGACAGUUUGACCUGAAAACACUUUGAUGUGUUUUGUUUUUUGAGGAUUUACGAACCAUCAGAUUCUCACUUGAACCCAACGGUUCAGCCAGGUCAGUAGUGAGUUAGAGGAACCCUGAGAAUUUCACCAACGCUUAAUAUUUCUCACCUGGCAAAGACUCGGAAACAAAAAAUUUAAAUUAAAUGGAAAAAACAAAAGACUAAAUGAGACCAAAAGAUUACUGAUGAGUGGAAUAAUAACGGUUUGUAAAGUCGGAGAGCAACUACACAUCCACAGUAAACCGGCAGAACUAAUCUAUGAGACACGAUGACGUAAAACCAAAAUGAACACACAACCACAGCUGCUGUUUUCUGACUUUCACACAUUUUUUUCUCCAUAUUUUAAAACUUUCCUCAUGAUCCAUCUUUAAAAGUUAGAGGCAUUGAAAUAAACCUGCAGGAAUAGUGCAUGGAAAAUGACGAAUGACCAUUUCAUCCCAAAGCGAUGAGAAACACUGAGUCAUAACAUUUACCAUCAAACCCCACAGGGUUCCUUAAAGAGCAAGUCACCCCCUAAAAAAAACUUUUUUUGCUGAUAAACUAAAUAAACGAGUGUCUAAUCGUGCUGCAGACACGUGUCGUCAAUAAUUUGGCACUUCAGUGCAUCUUAGUUCAAAUUUAAAUAUUCUGCCUAAAACUGGCAGUGUUCGGGUUAGGGUUAGAUAUUUUAAUUUAAAUCUGCCAACGCUGUUGGCUAAGAAGUAUGCUAUGAUGUAAACUGGUUCAUUAUGAUGUCACAAUGCUGUCGUGAGCCUGAGUGUGUGUGUAUUUGUUAGCAGCUCCGCCCUCUCGGUCUGCCAGGCAACAGCAUUUUUCAAACAUGAAGUGGGAGUGGAGUUAGACUCUGGUAGGAGGUGACUUGCUCUUUAAAGUAACAAUCUGUAACAAUAAUCUGUUAAUCUGGGUAAUAGUCUGAACCGGGAGGGAUUAGGCCGAUUCAGAUACACAAGCUUUAUUAGUUUGUCCGUCUGGAUUAUUCUGUUAUGAACCAAGUUAGAAACCUUUAUAUGUUUGUGUCUCUUUAUUGUUUCUUUCAAACACUCGAUGUUUUAAAGCCAUAAGAUCCUUAAAAAUCUAAACUUUGUUUUUGCUUGCAACAAAUCAGGAUGUGAUCAGAUUAUCUCACACAGUUUUGUUUCUAUGGAAACACUUUGUAAAAUCCUGCUCUGUAACCCCGGGUUUCCACGGGAGCCGUCAGCAGCACGUUACUGCAGCAGCACGUCUUGCUCGCGUAAGCUGCUGCUCGGCCCUUCCCACGAGACGCCAAGCAGCAGGGGAGCAGCUGUCACCGACCGAGCACGAAGUCACACGAGUGACUUCGUCAGUAAACACAACAACAAGCAGGAGAAAACUACAACAUGGUUUGUGUUUUAUGUUCUGUCCGUUUUAUAAUCGCCAAUACGGACCUGAAAAACAAAGGAGACCGCUAGCUAGCUGAUAACUUCUCACGGGGAUGCACAGUUAGUAACUUGUUUUAAAAGUAAAGCAACCAGAAAGCAGUACGUUCUUUAUUCUGAAAAUCUCGGUAGCUUCUCUCCAUUUCCGCGUCCGAUUUCCUGUCUUUCCUUCCCCAAAAAUGUCGAACUUGACCCGUUUCAGAGGCGUCGCGCGUAGAAAAUAGAACCGGCGCGUAAAGGCCGCGACAUGCUGCUCCUGAGACGCGGCCGACUCGCGCCGCUGACGGCUCCGAUGGAAAGCCGGGGUGAGUCUCUCUCAGCUGAUUAUUGGCGCAUGUUUAUUUUUGUCUGUCGACGGUCUGUUUUUGAGAUGGAGAAAAGGAGGAGUCAGAGAUUCCCUCUCAGGCCUCCCGUCGGAAGGCAGCUGGUAACCGACCUAAACCUCACUAACUACCGCUUUACCAUCAGCGUGGAACCCUAACCCUCUGUUUAAUCACGUCAAACAUUCUUUAUUUAAAUCAGCUGUGGGAAUUUGAGGAUGGAGACAAAAAUAAACGAUUAAACACAUUAAGUCACUUUUAUUUUCUUAAAUAUGUUGGAAAAAACACAACUUUCAUAAAAAGUUACUGACUUUUUGUUGGGUUUUUAAUUUGAAGUCAGAAAUUUAAGAAGUUGUCCAGGAAGAAGAACUUGUGCAGGUUUUAAAAGGCUAACUGUGUGUUUAUUUGUUUUAGUAGCAGGAUUUUCAGCAGUGUGCUGUUACACACACACACACACACAAACACACCCUGCUCGGGGCGGCUCUGGUCGGGUCACUUUCUGUGACUUCAGACUGAGCGAUCUCUCUAGACGCCGAUCCAUGUGAUGUUUUAAUGUGUUUAUGUUUAUUAAAGUGCCUUCAGCCGAGCAGAACGGUGUCCCGUUAACGUUCCUGUGUUUGUUGGAAGUUGAUUUAAUCUUGUUGUUGUUUUUUUAACCACAGUAAAUAAAGUCUCUCUGUUGUCGGGACCGCCUCUGAGCCCAUCCGCGUGAAACCUCCUGCAGGUGGGGCAGAGAGAGACACUCCUCCAGCUGGUUUCUGUUCAGAACUUGAUGGAGCUUCAUGUACUUUCAUUUUCUUCAAUAAAAGCUUCUGCAACUGCA